AUGCAUUUUGUAAAAGUAAUACUGGUUUUGUUUUUGAUUACAGGUUUGGGUCUGGCUCUGAACUUCCAGCCAUCGCUUGUCAUGCUGAACCGGUACUUUGACAAGCGUCGUCCCUUGGCAAAUGGUCUAGCUGCAGCUGGCAGCCCAGUGUUUCUCUGUGCUCUUUCUCCUGUGGGUCAGCUCCUACAACAUGAAUUUGGUUGGCGUGGUGGGUUUCUUAUUCUAGGGGGAGUGUUGCUCAACUGUUGUGCCUGUGGGGCACUAAUGAGACCUCUGCUGCCACCUAAAAAAGCAGAUGAUACCAAAGAAGAGCAGGUAGAGAUUGUAAAGAAGCCUAAGAAAAAACUCCUCGACUUCUCUGUCUUCAAGGAUAAAGGUUUUGUUAUCUACACCGUUGCCGCAUCCAUCAUGGUUCUUGGUCUUUUUGUUCCACCAGUGUUUGUAGUCAGUUAUGCCAAGGAUCUUCACAUCCAGGAUACUACAGCAGCAUUCCUCCUCACCAUCUUAGGAUUUGUUGAUAUUUUUGCCAGACCUGCAUGUGGUGUCAUUGCUGGUCUAAAAUGGGUCAGACCUCGCUGUGUCUACUUGUUCGGUUUUGCCAUGCUUUUUAAUGGUGUUACCGACCUCGUGAGUUCCAUGUCUAAAACAUAUGGUGGGCUUGUGGUCUUCUGCAUUUUCUUUGGCAUUUCUUAUGGAAUGGUUGGUGCUCUUCAGUUUGAAGUGCUCAUGGCCAUCGUUGGGACACAGAAAUUCUCCAGUGCAAUUGGACUGGUACUGCUGGCAGAAGCUGUAGCUGUUUUAGUUGGUCCACCAUCAGCAGGUCGACUUUUAGAUGCAACAAAAUCCUACAUGCUCGUGUUUAUUCUAGCAGGAUGUGAGGUGGUCUUAUCUUCUCUGGUGUUGACUGCAGGGAACUUCUUUUGCUUAAAAAAGAAGGAGGAAGAACCUCACCCCCAUGUAGAUGCAGCUGAACGGGAGGAGCUGAACAAAGAUGAAAAGAAGUAUGACAGUGACACCCAUGAAGCCAUUGAAGUAGACCAGCUGGCAAAAGACGAGCCUGAGAAGAACGGAGAUGUAGCGACAAACCCUGAAACAUGUGUGUGACUCGGAAGGAAAGCUGUAAUUACAAUGAGCAUCAAACAAAAUCAAAUUGCUAUUCAGAAAAUAAAUAGAUCUAUUUCCGGGCUGUGCCAUCUACUUAUCUCAUGACAGAGCAUAAUCUUUGGGCUGGUAUUGACACAAUUUGCUAGAGUUUGUUGUUGUGCUAUCAGGAUGUUAGCCCUGUACUCCUCCACUGCCUAAAGCACCAAGAAAGACAGAUAUACUGUCAGAUGUUUUCAAAAGAUAGAAGGUUGCGCACCAGAUAAAAUGGCAAGAAAGAGUAAUACUCAUUAUUGGUGCAAGAAUAAUUGUACAUAUAGUCGAAGAAGGACAAUUUUUAAUCUGUUCUGUUCUCUUUGUUACCAAAGUUGUGUGCCUGUCUGGCAUGUCAUCUUUGGUCUUGACACAGCUGUUGCCUGUUUGCAUUAGGAUAUUUUAAUUGUAUGGAUACCAAAGUCUUUUGAUGGAGGUUAGUAUAUGUUGUUACUGUCAGCAGCAGCAUUCAGCACAACUGAAAUAUAAUGCUUUAAUGUAGUUUGGAAAUGUGAAUGGUCUCAGUAUGUUGUUGAGAGAUGGAUAUGCAGAUCACAGAAAAAAAUGCUCAGUAGACUUUGUCUUGAUGUAUGUGUUAUAAUGAAGGGUACACCUAUUUAUUUAUUUAUUUUUAUGAAUGGUAGAAUAGUGUGUAAUAUUUGUUGUAAAAGCAUUUCAUCACAUAAAUUACUAAAUGUUUGUUCUGUUAUAACACAGGUUCGUAAACUGUUUUGAAAAAUGGAUGACAAUUUUACAAUAUAAUUGGUUAGAACACACAACAUGGA